UGUUAGCUAGAAGUUUGACAAGCUAAUAUUUUGGGAUGAUAGACAAACCAUUAUUACAGUCUACACAUGAUUGACCCCCACACAUAAUUACAUCUUUGAAUCGCCCUUCAAAAGUAGAUAAAGGCAGUUUGUGAAUAAGAAACCACAGCUGCUAAUAAUGUUAUGGAGCUGAGAAAGGACCCUACACAUUUAACAGACAAGUGGAAUGAAAGUGAGUGACUGUAAAUAUAGAUGUCCAACAAGAAAAUAUUAUUGUAACCACCUGGUUGGAGGCUUCCAUUGGUAUGUAUUGUAGUUAAUGUAACACGGAGAGGGUUUGAAGUCAGAGCUCUCCAUUAUCACGUGAUAAUAAUGUCUCCUCUGUGAGUGGCUUCAACUUACAGAGGUUACGUAGUUACGUGCUGCUGACGCCUCUGUGUUUGGGUUAGGGGGAGAGGGUUAAAGUAUCAGAGAGCAGAAGAAUGGAAAGAAGGCAGAGUUUUAUAAAUAGCAACAUUCUUUAAUGUGUUUGCAAAGCCAUAGAAAGCAGCAGUCUUGAAAGGCAGGCAGGGUGACGGGUGAAGAUGAGCAAGAAGCCCCCAAAUCGUCCAGGAAUCACAUUUGAAGUUGGCGCCAGGGUGGAAGCUCAAGAUUACCUACAGAAAUGGUACCCCUCUCGUAUCGAGAAGAUCGACUAUGAUGAGGGGAAGAUGCUUGUUCAUUUUGACCGUUGGAGCCAUCGCUACGACGAGUGGAUCUUCUGGGACAGCAACAGACUUCGUCCAUUGGAGAGGCCGGCUCUGCGCAAAGAGGGACUAAAGGAUGAAGACGAGAUGGCUGAGAGACUCGGCGAGAUGAGAUCAUCUCGCUUUCGUGAGCCUCCUGGAUGUACGGAGAGCACAGAGGACCAAACAGAGUUACCACAGUCAAGACAAGACUUGAAGGAUGGGGAGGAAGUGCUGGCUCGAUGGACAGAUUGCCGUUACUACCCUGCUAAGAUUGAAACUGUAAACAAAGAAGGUACUUACACAGUGCAAUUCUACGAUGGUGUUAUUCGCUGUGUGAAAAGAAUGCAUAUCAAAUCUAUGCCAGAAGAUGCUAAAGGACAGGACUGGAUUGCCUUGGUCAAAGCAGCCACGGCUGCUGCUAAAAGCAAAGGAGCCUGCAGACCUCGAACCAGUGCCAACAGCAACAAGGACAAGGAGGCCAGGAGGGCAGGGGCUUCGGACGACGAAGCUGAUGAGGACACGGAGGCUGAAGAGGAAUCAGGUGCUGUGGAAUCAUUCAUUGAAGAUGAGAAAAAGCCGUCGCCAGAACAGCUUGAAAUGGCGAAAACGAAAAGGAAGAAAUCGACUAAACCGGGAAGCUCGUUCAGUGCUAAGAAAGCGCGCCUCAGCAAGAAUACAGAAUUAGUAUCAAAAGCAACAAAUGAAGAUGAGGGCAACUGCAAGGAAGAGCAGCCUGACCCCCCUGCGACAUCUGACGAGGGGCCUUUGGUGGGGAGUGAGGAGCAAGGCACCCCAUAUGACCCCAUCCAGACCCCGUCUGCUCAGAGACGGGCCCCCUCCUUCGCUGGGUCUCACAGCAGGCUGGGAAACAGGCGGCCGAAACCGGACCAGGGGGAGAGCCACAGCAGCCAGAAACAGCCCAGACCCUGCUCCUCUGUCCCGCCCGUAGGAGGGGUCACACUGUUGGCCACAGAAUCCACAGCUGCCCCAGUCCCCAUGCCCAGCUCUCCUGACAUUACCCAGACUGCACUGGCUGUGACAGCGCCCCCCAGCUCCCCCAGGACGUCCGAGCAAAACCAUCGCCGAAGACGCUCUCAGCGCCUGGCCACCUUCACCCCAGAGUCCCUCCUAGACCCUGCGUGCACCAGCCCGCUCCCCUCUGAAGGGAAAUCACCAUAUUCGAACCCGGCUGCAUCUGAGGUUCAACAUGUUGUGGAGAAGUGUGAGUCACCACCCCAUCACCUCAGUGCAUGUAUUCCACCAGCAUCGCCACUCCCACUGCCUCAGCCUCCAAUCGCAGAGAGAGGCAAACAGACUGACACUGCCUCAUCCAACCAGAUGGGCGCUGGGGAGAAAUCACCCCCACUGGCUGCAGCUGCAGGUGUGAAGAUCCCAGCCAGGACUCCCAAACCCAACAAACACGCCAGGGAGCCCAUAAUUAACACCAAAAGGACGGAUGACCCCACAUCUCCAAAGGAGCCCCUCUUUGACCUUGACCACAACAAGUUCAAGUGUCAGAUUCCGGGCUGCUCCAAGGCCUUCCGCAAGGCCAAGCUGCUGGACUACCACCUCAAGUACUACCACAGUGCAGACAAAGAGGUGGAGUCAGAGAUGUGGUCACCUGACCGGGCCGGGCGAACCCGAGCCACAUCGGCCUCUGUGCCCAGUAGCACCCUGCUCGAGACCCCUGACAGCAAGAGACGGAGGACUGUCUCCACCUCCUCCUCACUUUCACCUCCAGGCCAUGUCAUGUCUCUGGACUGUUCAGGGGGCUGCUCCAAACCUCCGAAAUUUGGUAAGAAGAAGCGCUCCUCUGCAUCGGUCUGUUCAGAGGGCACAGAGAUCCCGCUUCCGCUCCCGCUGCAGUCCCGGGACAGGAGCUUCGAGAGUCUGCACGAUAAGAUCCUGAAGAAAGUCAUCGAGAAAGACCCACACCUGGAGCCAGGACUAAUCAAGACAGAGAAAAAGAUCAAGCUGGAAGACAAAUGCCAACUGAUGGGGAAGAAGAAAGACAAGGACAAGGAACGGAAAGACAAAAAGGAAAAAGACCCAUUUAAAAUUAAACAAAAGAAAAAGAAAAAGAAGAAAAAGAAAUCCAAACAGCACAGUUACUCGGACUUGGAGGACAUGUCCCUGGCCUUCCUGGAGAGGUGCUCUUCCAGCAGCCCCUACACCCUACAUGGAGGCAGUAGCUCCUCCAAGCACAACACUUUUCAGUACCCCCGGGCCAUCCUGUCUGUGGACCUCACUGGAGAGAAUCUGUCCGACAUCGACUUCCUGGAGGACUCCACCACAGAGAGCCUGCUGCUGAGCGGGGAGGAGUACGGCCAGGACCUGGACUCGCUCACCAUGGACGACUUCCAGGAGGAGGACGACGACACCAACGAGAUCGUGCGCUGCAUCUGCGAGAUGGACGAGGAGAACGGCUUUAUGAUCCAGUGUGAAGAGUGUAUGUGCUGGCAGCACAGUGUAUGUAUGGGCCUGUUGGAGGACAGCAUUCCUGACCAGUACAUCUGCUACAUCUGCAGGGACCCACCAAGGCAAAGGUGGAGUGCCAAGUAUCGCCACGAUAAAGACUGGUUGAACAAGGGCCACAUGUACGGCUUGUCGUUCCUGUCCGAGAACUACUCCCACCAGAACGCCAAGAAGAUCGUCUCCACUCACCAGCUGCUGGCCGACGUGUACAGUGUAAAAAAGGUGCUCCACGGGCUGCAGCUGAAGAUGGAGAUACUGCAGAACAAACACAACCCUGACUUGCACUUGUGGGCGCGGUCGUGGGUGAACUCGGACGAGGAUCAGCCCAUGGGUGGAGUUCCAGACUGCAUCCACUUCCAGGAGCACCUGGCUGACCCUCUGAACCAGAACUCCAACCCCGAGGCCUACAUCGCAAGCGAGCACAGCUACCAGAAGCCCCCAGGCCUGGGGCUGGACCCCUGGUCCGUGGCCGAUCUGCUGAGCUCAGAUGGAGAGGAUGGCGUGAGGCUGGAGGAGGGGCCUGAGAUUGUGGCGGAGACAACCCCCCACACAGCACUUGUACCCAAGGAGGAAGAGGAGGGCACUGCCAUCACUAUUGGCUGUCUGAGUGAGUCCCGACCGGACUCGGCUGAACAGGCCAAGAACUGCCUACAGUGGCAGCUCAACCUGCUGACCCACAUCGAGGACAUUCAGAACCAGGUGGCCAGCAGAAUGGACCUCAUCGAAAAGGAGCUGGACGUGCUGGAGAGCUGGCUGGACUUCACUGGGGAGCUGGAGCCCCCGGACCCCCUGGCCCGACUGCCCCAGCUCAAGCACAGGAUCAAACAGCUCCUGACGGACCUGGGCAAGGUGCAGCAGAUGAGCUCCCUGUGUUCCGUCUGA